AUGCAUCUGCCACUCCUCUUUGCCUUCAUCAUCUCGUUCUGGCUGGCAUCAGCCACUUCUUCGGAUACGGAGAACCGCCAAUGUGGGAUGCACGUUGAUGGAUCUGAGGUGCAUCGUAUCCAACAAGAAGUCUCUUCCAUGAACAGCACAUCCAGAGCGGACGACGAUGCUCGCCUGAACCCUAUUCCGAUUGCUGUUUCUGCUCUCAACUCUCACUUUGCUGGUACAGGAAUCUCCUUCUACCUUCAGAGCGUUUCGCGGAACUGGCAAUCCACAUGGUACAGCGGUGCGACAAAAGGCUCCCAAGCAGAAAUACAGAUGAAGAAUGCCCUGUACGCCGGCGGAAAACGGACACUCAACGUUUAUUCAGUCGGAACGUCUACACUUGGGUACGGUGGACCGUGGCCCUGGGACUAUUACAAGAAUCCUAAGCUAGACGGCGUUGUCAUCAAGCAUACGACAAUGCCUGGAGGAUCAGAAACCAAUUACAACCAGGGCAAGUGGCUGACACACGUAGUGGGACAUUGGAUUGGUCUGUUUGACGUCUUCGAGGGGUUGUCAUGCAGUGGCAUUGGCGAUGCCGUCAAUGACACUCCGAUGCAACGAACUCCUUCGUACGGAUGUCCGGCAGGGAAGGAUAGUUGCCCGAAUAGCUGGGGUGUUGACUCUAUCCAUAAUUAUAUGGACUUUACUUUCGACAGCUGCCAGACCGGAUUUACCAACGGGCAGAUGGUAUUCGCAAGGUUCCUCCUCCAAGGAUAUCGCCCUUGA